AUGUCUUUACAUCUUGAUUACGCAGAGAUAUCUCGUCAGGCUAGGAAGAUAGUAGAUGCGAACAGAGCUAGAAGUAUAAUUGAUCAAGUUAUAUCCGACCCGUCUUCCAAACAAAAAGUGAAAUACACCCGCUCUACCACUGGCUGUCUAUCCUGUCGAUCUCAUAAAGUGAAAUGCGAUGAGACCAUCCCAGCUUGCCUACGGUGCGUAGCUUCUCAGAGGAAAUGCGAGUACCCACCACCCUCAGCCGAAAACAAGAAACGUAAAUCUACUUCGGGGGCUGGAUCCAAUUCCAAUUCGAGAGGUGGCAGGAGAAGUACGAGUGCGAGGCAGGAAGAAGAUGAAUCGGAUGGUAUGGGUAUGACCACGGGUCAGAAGAGGGUUAGAAGGGAUGAUGAAUUUCAUACCCAAACAAGGGGAGAAUCAAGUUCGACAAGAAUUGCAGAUGAUAGAGAUAGUCCAAGAAGACAACCAGUACAGAAUAUCGAUGGGUAUGGUAAUGGUAGAUCACCUAAGAGUAUGAGCUUGAUAGGUGAUGAUGGGAGUAAAGUAGAUCCGUCACCCACUGAUCAUAGUAGAUUGGGUGGACCGAGUCCUAUGGAUAUAUUGAACCUCACGUCCACACCUGAUUUCUCAUUCCUAAACGAUUUCAUCCCCUUCCCACAUAUCACACCACCUUCCCAACCCGUUGCUCCUCCUCCUCCUCAAGCGAAUGGUCCAUCUUCUUCAGCACAUAACCACAUCUUCACCACCUCUCCCAGCAAUGCAACGAUUUUCACAAAUGACCUGACGAGACCUCAACAAGAUUAUCAGAGUAAUCCAAAUACAGGCAAUGGUGGUAUAUCAGCUCCGAGGAGUUCUACUCAUUAUCAAAGCCAUGGCCAAGGCCAAUCUCAAUCCCAUAGUCAACAUCAGAACUACCAGCAGCAACAGCAACAACCCCAACAUACGUUACCGCAUUUUGAGAAUUUCAGUAAAUCGCUCUUAUUGAAUAGGAGGUUGAUCAAAGUGAACAAUAAUGGAAAUAGCUGUAAUGGCAGUGGUGGUUCCCAGAGCGACGAUGGGAAGAGAAGUUUAACGCCCCAGAUGCAGAUGUUACAUCCUAGACUACAAAUGGUCGAGAGUAUAUUACAAGCAUACGCACUUGACGAAGCAUUAUUCGAAUUCGGUCCAUCUCAUCGACAUCGUAAUUUAUCCAAUAACACUCUCACAGCGGGGGUGAUCGACGUCUUAUCUAACGCAUUCCCUUCACCAACCGCUCGAAUGUUAUUUCACCACUAUUGCAAUACCGCUUCUCGAAUCCUCAUCACCAUGGGGAAUAUCGGUCCAAAUCCCUUGUUGGCCUUAUGUACACCGGUGAAACUUCUAGAUACCAACUCUGCUGCGUCGGCCGCGAUAAGGAUGUCGAUGCUUUCAACUGGAAUAGCCCAUUUCAUACAUGAGACUGGAUCUUCACUUAAAAACACCGAGCUAGCUGUAACGCUGGGGAAAGGACAGUGGGAGAGGAUGAGAGGGAAGUUGAAAGAGAUAAGUGGGAAAUUCAAGAAAGCUGCGUUGAGUAAUAUUACGUUGGCUGCUAGUAGUGAGAGGUCUCCUGAUCAAGUGGAUAGCAUACUGGCAGCUUGUACUUUACUGUGUAUACGAGAUGUAAUAAGCGCAGACCCCACAUGGCGAGACAAUCUGGAAUUCGCACUUAAUCUCAUAACUAAGAAAGGUGGACCUCAAGUGAUGCUUCAAGGAUCGGAAUAUACUUUUACCAGAAGGUAUCUACUAGAGAAUUUAGCUACUCAUGAUGUAUUUGCCUCGUUCAUCACGGGAAAGGAGCCGUCCAUGUUGGGUAAUUACGAUUCAUGGUGGUUUGAUAGUGUCGAGACAUCCCAGACUAGGUGGGAGUGGGAAUCGGUAGAAAGGUCGUUUGGUAUUUCGAGAGCUAUGGUCGAUUUGGUCGCUAGGAUCGCCGUACUUGAUUCUCAGAAACGCCGAUUAGGUCUCAGUCUCAAGGGUGAUUCCGAAGAGAUGUGGGAUGUAGGACAACACUUUGAGAGAGAAAGUCACUGUCUAUUGUUGGAGUUGGAUAUUUGGGGUAAUAGUUUGAAUGCUUUGCCUCAGCAUGUCAGAGUGACUUGUGGUGAUUACAUCUACAAGUACAUGGCAGUAGUGUUCAUACUGGCAGAUAUCCUGGAACAGCCCACUUCCACACCUCGGAUAGUAAAGUCCAUAGAUCACAUCCUGGAACUCAUCUCCGAAGCAUCAGCAAUGAGGAUGUCCGUAAUGUUGAUCUGGCCAUUGCUCAUCGCUGGAGUAUUCUCCCUUCCAGCGAAAAGGCAAAAGGUGGUCGAGUUGUUCCAUGCGUUAAGUGAUGAUUAUUGUGAAGAUCUUGAAGUAGCUCGCGAACUACUCAAUGAGCAAUGGAGAUUGAUAGAUUCCGGACAGGGUAAACAACCUUGGGAUCAGGUGAUGAAUAAGUUAGGCAAAUAUGUCUUGUUGAUUUAG